UGUGAACCUGAGGUGGAUGACAGUGGCGGUGUUCCAGUUAUCUGUUGUGAGGACGUUGCUGUUCUUCCUGUUACUGGUGCUGUGGACCGACGAGAAAUACGAUUACGGAGAUGUCGCUUUCAUCAAUCCCAACUCUUACGUCAACAUCAUCAUAGGAGUGUCCACCUUUCUCUCUUUCUACGGCUACCUCUUGUACUACAAGGCCACUAAGGACUCCCUUCAGGGUUAUGAUAUCCAGGGCAAGUUCAUCUGCAUCAUCGUUGUCCUCGUCCUCUUCGGUCUUCAGAGCGGAAUUCUGGAGACCAUGGGGGCACUCAGUGUGAUCCCCUGCUUCCCACCCUUCUCGGUAGACAUGCGUUCUCAGAUCAUCUUGCAUUAUGCUGUCAUUGUCGAGAUGUUCUUCAUCAGUAUGUUGGCCCGUUACUGCUUCAGGAAGGUGGAGCCAGACGAGAACUCUGCCGAUAGCUUGUCCAAACCCAGUUCCCACAAGUCCAACCAGACUGCUUUUGCUGGCCGCGAUGGUGGCUCUCCUGAACCAGACAGUUUCUCGCUGGGGGUUAACCCAGGUUACAGCAGUGACACUGAGGAUGCCCCGUACAGGAUUGAACACGCUCCCUUGGACAGAUUUGACUUCAAGGCGGCAAAGAAACCGGUUCUGGACAGUUGCUUCAUUUCGGUGCCUCUGAGUGAAAGGGACGAAGCUGUUCGGGGACCAAGCAGCACUCAGUAUGAAGCUCCUGUUCUGGACGCUGAGCCUGUUACUGUGAACACUGUUCAAGUGCGAGCACAGAUUAACCACCAGCAAUCCUCUAAAGAUAUGAUGAUGGUCUAAAGCUUUGGCCCUGUGUAACAGGAUGAAGGAUGUUGCUCCAUGCUGGAAAUGCUUAGACUAUCCCGCUUCCUGGGCACGGUUCCUCUCCUGUGUGGAGUCACCCUGUGCUUUCGCGAGCAGAAGUUCAUGCCAGGCAAUGUUGACAUCCUGCCGCACGAACAGUUGGCACCAUCUUGGGUUACCGGGACUGGAGGGUUGAGUACAGGGGUUGGGACAUCAUGUUGCUGCUGUACAAGGUGUUUGGCGGGACCACAUUCGGAGGACUGCAUACAAUUCUGGUCACCCUGCUAUAAGAAGGAUGUUAUUAAAUUGGAAA